AUGUCGCAAGACCAGACCGCAGCGUCCACCAUCUUGGUUCAAGUGCCAGACACCCCCACUCCCAGCCCUGCCAACAACAGGUAUCGCGAUCCUGAAAUCUUUUCUGGCAUGCCUGGUGAGGACGUUGAAAACUGGCUCUACAACUACGAUCGCGAUGGUACAGGAGAAACACAAGACACAAGGAUCCUCGAUCGCCAUCAGCACUUGCACACUGCCAUGAAUCCGAUGCACCUCUUCCUCGCUACCGUGGUGUGUGCGCUGUUGUUGGCGUUGCCGACGCACCAACAAGGACUGCUUGGUCUGAUGGCCACGGCGGCCAUUAUGAGGCGAUUCCGUGGAAACAACCAGAACGAGAACAGCCAGAGCCUGUCCCAAGGUCAGACGCCACUAGCAUCGCAUCCGGAGCCCUCCAUCUAUGGCCUACCUUCACAGAACGUCCCGUUUUACGCGAACGGGUACCCCGGUGCCUAUGGUGGUUCCCUGGGUGCGCCAACCGGUCUUUCCCCAGGCUUCGGUGGAGGUUUUCCUGGAGGUAGCGCAGCCUUUGCGCCUGGCACCGGCCCUAGCACCUACUCGGCGAGCUUUGGAGGCAUGAACUUCAACACAGGAGGCUUUGGCGGUGCGCCGGCUGCUUCCACGUCUUCCGCCUUUGCACCUGGAGGUUUUGGAGGCCUGCCCAGUGCAGGCGGUGUGCCUUACGGAGGCUAAUGUAUCUACUGCCGCCGAUCACACACCAUCGGCACGCCGUGCUUCGGCGAUUCCCUGCUGUGUUGCGUAGGUCCCUCAAUCCGGAAUGCCGGCGGAAAGGUCGCGCAUUUUAAUAGCAAUAACCGCGUCAGAGCACCAGCACCUUGGCAUCGUCCGCGAUCGCAAAUAUUUCUCGCAAACUCGUUCCUUCACUAUAGGAGCGGACGUAAUGAGGUAACUUGUAGACGAAAUUCGGCAUUCGUUUUUUCAGUCUAUGCUCAACGUUUCCAGUUUUGGAGCGCAAAGACGGAGCGGAAGAGAAACAGGUAAAGUGGGCUUUCAGGACGGCUGCUUCAUUACCGCUGCGAGCAAUUUUUUCAUUUUUUCUCUUUACCUGUGGUUCGUUUCCAAGAAUAUCUCAUAGUUGCUUUCAGAUUCGAGAUAAUCUCAUUGGUUCACCUAUGUUUUUCGACUGAAAGAUAACUGGCUUUUCUAGCAUAGGAAGUGAGGGGUGCGUACAACGCGAAUGAAUUGGUCAGCUCAGUAAGGAAUCACUGGCACGGAGUGCCCAACCACAACGCUAUCUUGCAAUUUUCUCAGCCGCAGUUACGGCUCCCACCAGAGGAGAGUGCUGCAAUACUCACGAGUGCUUUCCCACGUUCCAAGUUCACCCCCGCGCGAUGAUUACCACGCGAAAAAUGUUAUAUUGCACAUUGCCAUUCGUGGAUCCCCUCACAGUCUCGAAUGACCCGUGAAAUAGUCAUGGUUUACUGCAUUAAGUGCAUUUGACUUGGAAUUGUUUACGUCCCCACUAUCGUUUAUCCCAACAAGGCAGAGAUAUUAGGCAAAUUGAGGGGUUUGUGGCCCGAACACACCUUCCAUGCGUGUUUGGUCACCACCCCAGCUGUAAAUCGCAGAGCGCUUUAACCUCGCUACCAAUCGAAUGAGCCUGGUUGCCGUUAGAUUGGUAGCUCUGUCCUCUAUCUAACAGUAUUCCUUGUGCCCUUGCCACAGCGUAUGCAGUGCUGCUAAGCAAGGCCUAGGGAAUUAUAAUAAUAAUUAUAAUAAUAUAUAAUAAUAUAAUGUAAUAAUUAUAUAAUAAUUAUGAUAUAAUGAUAUCAUAAUUAUAUUAUUACAAGAAUGCUUAUAUGAAGUCAUUUAUAAAAAAUAUCGAAAUGGGUCAUGUAUUUUCCCUGCCUUAACUAUAAAGAUGCCAUAAUACUCUUUCAAUAAGUCUUAAGGCACGUAUAAAUUUGACGGAAUUAAUGAAGGGCACGAAAGCUUGCUCAAAUGCAAAUUAUUUCUAUUGCACGGUAAACAGCUCGAAACAUCCGUGCUUCACCGAGUGCUUUUACGGAGCAGUCUUUGAGAGUGCGUGCUCGUAGAAGUAACUACAUUGCCGUAUUUUCUUUUUAAAGCUAUUGUGGCGCUCGCCUUAGCUAUGGUGCGGGCGCACCAGGUUUCAUAACGUAAUUGCAGUUAGACUGCAGCAACCAUAACUUCUCACAAGCAGCGCUGGGACCACGCAGAAGUCGUUCCUCCAAGGGUCGUCGGCACAUGUAACUUACUCAGUAUAAGCUUCGGACAUCUCACACUCAAUACCGCGUGGCCAGGAGCAGUGUCUCGAAUGUACGCCUGAGCCAAUAUCACGAAACUCUAGCAACGUCAGCAAUAUUGUGACAGCGCGUGUUCUUUGAAAAAAAUAUUUUAACGUUCGGUUUGUGGCAUCGACGCCUGCGGAAAUAAUAGGCGGUCUGCGACUCGCUGGGCGAUAAGAAGAAGCGUGAUCCUUGUCCACCUUGACAAGGAGUACUCUACGAAAGCUGGUUCCUGACUCUUGUUUACGAUGUGAACCACUGUGGUGCUCACUCUAGGCACAUGAACACAUUCUACGUUCAUAAUUAAAUGCAUGGACAAUUCCUCAGCUCUGCACAUAUAUUCUGAGUGAAGUAGCUAUAAUCACGUAACGUCUAUUGAUACCAUCCAGGAGAUAAGUGAUGGUCAUUAGUUUCCAAAAAUAAAAAGAACAUGAUACAAAUCUCUACCUACAACUUAGAAGAAAUGUUCAUGGAGUUACCUUCGACAUCCGUGAACCAGUUCACCACGGGCCUUUAGAAUUGCAGCUCCUUUUUUUUCACUUGGUAGUCCAUAAACAAACCCUGAAACAGUGGUCAGUGCUCUGUAGUACUCUCAAGCGGCCACGCUUGCGUGCAUAUGAAUACGCGCAGAAAUAUAUGGCAGAAUAACAUAUGCUGCUGCAAUUUCGUACCUUCCGCCAGCUGCGAUCACCGUUUCCCAUUGGCACCACAGCCAUGCAGGUCGCCGAGGUUGGCUUCCGGCGUUGCUGUUUGUGGGGGUCACCAUUCUGUUGAUACGGCGGGCAGUGAACACUGUCAUCAGUUGUCCCUGCUUCGCUGCACCAAGAAAACCUCGCUCAGGAAGUAAUUCAAUUCAUCUCUAGUCUCACACGCUAACGCAACCCUGAUUCUCGAAUUGCUCUGAGCACUCCAGCCCUACUCUAGAUGCGCGCAAGUUUCGUGUGCUUUUGUAAAUACUUUCCCCUCUUCCACGCGGGUUCCCUACGUUGUACCUCUAGCGCCGAAAAUAAACCGAGAUGAUAACGAAA